UCUCUCUCUCUCAAAUUCUUCUCACUCCCACACUUUUUCCUUCUUUUCACUCUUUCCUCAACUCUCGCCAUCAUUCCCGGUCACAAACACCCAGAACCUCCUCCUCUCUCUCUCUUAGGUACUCUCUCUCUCUCUCUCUCAUUGUUCUUCAUCAUAUGUUUCUUGAUUUGUGUUUGAUUUCAUCAUUAAAUGUUGGUUUUGAUUCUGCAAAAAAAGAAGGUUGUUCAAUUCUGUUUCUUGAAUCAUGAUAAGGGUUUGUGACAAUUUCUGAUUUCCACGCCCAUUUCAGUGGAGAAUUCCAAUGUUCAAGUUGUUUAUCAAGAAUUGAUUUUCUUGGUUUUAGAAGGCAUUUAAUUCUGAUGAUUAGAUCCUGGUACUCCCAACUUCCAGUUGAUUUCUUUCUUGUUUCCAUGUAUUUGUUUUUCUGUAUUUUUCACGUGGUGUUCACUUACAUAAUUUGCAUUAUUUGGCUCGGAUUCAGUAUUUAUGGGAAGAUAAAAUAUAAUAUUUCCACAAUAGUAAAUUACCUUUUUCUUUUUCAGGAAAACAAGAACCUGAACUCAGCUAAGGCUCACAAGACUAAUCUUUCAUUCUCGAGUUAAAAGAUUUUAUUUUCUCAAUUUUUAUUUCAAGUUCAAGAGGAGAGAAUAGUAUUCAGAAUUUGGUGUGGGGUUUUAUUUCUAAAAAAAUUCGUUAAAUCAUAUAUACAAUCUUUCUGAAGCCUCUGAAAAUCAGAAUAUCCAUUCUUAAAGUAUGAAACCUUCUUUUAUCUUCUGUACCCAAUAAUAGAAAACUUCUUGAACUUUCCUUUGGUUAACAUGCAAAUUGGGUAAACAGUUUCUAUUCGACAAUCACGGUUUUCGUUGAGCAGUUCAUGGUUUUCCCAAUUUGAAUAAAGGGAAAGUUAAUUGCUUUCUUUGUUUAUUUGGAGCUAACAUGAUGUAACUUACAGUAUUUGGCUGAUCUGAUAUCAAAUGGUAUAUCCUUUUAUAUAAACUGAAUCUUCAUAUGGUGCUUUGUUUGGUUGCAGACUCAAUGUAGGAGAGGAAAUAGGAAUAUCUUAAAUAGGAUAUCACUUACUUUUCUAGAAUUUUCAUACUUCCAUGCAAAAACAUUCAAUUUCGUCAUUAUCUGCUAAUGUCUGAAAGGAUAAAAAAGGAUUUUGAAUUUUGUGUAGUUUUAUUUCCCCUGUUUCCUUCAAGACAUACAUUAUCUCUGAAGUCCCCAAAAACCAAAAGUCUGGUCAUAGUUGUUUAUCGCUUUUUAGUACUGAAAAUCUAAAGUUCUGUUCGUAGUUGUUGUCACUUUUAAGUAUGAAACUGCCUUUAUCAUGUGUAUCCAAGAAUUGAAUCAUUCCUAAUUUGAGUGGAUGUAUUAUUUUUCAUGAACUUUCCUUUGUUUUAAUAGUAUAUAUUAGGGAAAAUCAUUGAAUGGUUUUAUCACAUUUAAUUGACUCACUACCCCUUUGUUGAUCAGUAUAUUAAGGGCAGUUCUUGAUUUUGUUUCUAAGAGAGAAAAGAGGUGUAAGAGACAAUGCAGAAAAAGCAAUUGGAUUUGGAUCAGCCAUUGCUCUCGGUGAGGCGAUUUUCAUCAAAAUUGGCUUCUUCAAAAGAAGUGAACAAGAAAAAAAUUGAGAAGUCACUUCCAAAUAGACAGAAGUCUCUUCCUGUAUGCAAAUCAGACUGGGAUCUAGAACAGGUGACGAAACCAGCUGCGGUUCCUUUUACAUGGGAGCAAAUUCCUGGUAAAGCCAAAGGCGAAAACCAAUUUCCAUUGGAGCCUUCAAGUACACCAAGGCUCCCCCCUGGAAGGGCUUGUGAUACCCUAAACCCAUACAAAGAUAGCAGUGCGUCUAAUCCUCAAAUUCAUUCUUCCCCUCUGAAUAACGACAUAUCCACUUUAUGGGACAGCUUGAGAAAAAGAGAGAAUGCUGAAGGGGACGCAUGUGAUUCAGAAAGCGAAGGUGAUGAUUAUUCGGACGCACUUGACACUCUAUCUCCAACAGACACAGUGUCGAUGAAGUGUAGUGUGGGUGGUCUAAGUGAAUUUGGUGGCUCAGAUGCGAAACCGUGCGGAAACUUUUCUGCUGAUACACAAACAAAAGAUUUGAUGAUGAAACGGUUUUUACCCGCCGCAAAGGCUAUGGUUUUGGAUACACCUCAGUAUGUUCCAAAGAAGCAAUCUAUGACACCGGACCGACCUAGACCAGUUAAAAAGGCAGUCAGUGGUGAAAUGAAGCCACUUCAUGAACAAAAGUAUCCCGUGAUUGUACCACAUUACGUAAAACAUAAAGAGGAGCAAGGAAGUGAAGAGGAAGACGAUGAACCUGUUAAUACUGGCAAAAAAACAGUUAAGGCUUUUGGAUUGUUUUCUCGUUUCUGCUUGAAGAAUACUUUGUGCCUGCUGAAUCCAGUGCCGGGAAUGAAAGUUAGGACCAGGGUUCCCAGUUCUUCUGCAAAAGAAGUCCGGCUCCCACCUUCUCCUUCUGCUAAAGAAGUAAACAGAAUGGCCAGAACUUCACAUAGUGGACCCCUACCUCAAAUGGCUGAAAAGAAAUCUUCUGGUGCUGUUUAUAAGCACAAGUUGGAUCCUCGAUCCCACUCACAGGAGCUACAUAAGGUCAAGUAUAAGCCAAGUGCUGAAACCAAACGAUUGAGUUAUUCAGGUGAUUUGCAUAUGAUAAAGGGGGCGUCUCCCUCCAGCCGUUUCCUACGGGGUGGUAUAUCUCCAUACCGAAAUAAAGCACCCACAUCACCAUUUCGUGAAGGAGUGGGGUUUCUUGGUGUAGCCAAUGGUAAUGAGAGUUUUAAGGCUAUUAAGGAUAUAUCAAGCCAUCAAAGAUAUAAGCAAGUAUCUGGCUCAAUGGCUCCUGCAGUUGAGAAAACAUUGUACGUUGAUUCUGUAAAUACUGUCAAACAACCACUUUCUGACUCAAUUUCUUCACGAAUGGAGAGUCUGGCUUUUGGCAAAGAUAUUUCUACUUCUGAAUCUUUUGUCCGAGAAAUGAAACACCUGGAUUUUUUGGAAAGAGGGAGCAUAUCUAUGGCUUUAGUUCCAGUUGAUAGUGAGAAAUCCUCUUCUGCUCGAAUACCAAAUGUCAGAAACCGAGAGGACAGAAAGGAGGGGUUGAGACUUGAUCAAGGUCGAGACCACGAAACAGGGUCCAUAGAUUGCCCGACAUUGGAAACUACUGGAAUAGUUGAUGCCAAGAAGGAAUGUAACUUGAAAGAAGACAAUCCAGGAAACCCUAUUGUGGGUUCUAUGCUGUCUCCGCUUCCCCCUCCUUUACCAAAGUCACCUUCUGAAUCGUGGCUGUGGAAAACCCUGCCUUCUAUUGCCUUGUGGCAUCAGAAAAAGCAGCGUUCCAAAGAAUCCGACAUGGGUACAAAGUGGGAGACGAUUGUGAAAACUUCUAAUGUGCGUCAUGAUCAUGCGCGCUAUUCAGAGGAACUAGUUCCUCACGUUUCUCAGCAUUCCAAGCGUUGAAAGUGGAGAGACCUCUUGUGAUUGUCACAUUCAUCAAAUUCCAUUGGAAAAUUUUCUUUUCAGUAGUUUAAAAUUUCACAUUGCUGUGGCAGCGGUCUAAGGGCUCUUACAUGUUAUUGCAUGAUGGAAUUUGGUGUGCUAAGUUCUGUGAGUUCAAACUCUUCUUUUACGUGAGAAUAGGACCGAGAUUUAGUCGCAUUGAGCAACUUUUGUUAGUCACCGAGUAUAGUGGUGUAACCAAAAUUCAUUGACUGGUCGAUACAGCUUUCCAGUUUUUUCAUGUGCAAGGCACUGAAUCAUCUUCUUUUGUAUCCUAAAGUAAUACUAGUAAGUAGCCAUAGGCCCAUAGCAGCAUUGCUUUGUUUGAAUCUGAGAGCAGGGAUUUAAGCAAAUAAUGAUAAAGGCUGUGCGACUCUU